GUUCCAAAAACGUUGAGAUGCCCAGAGAAAACAGGAAAAGGGGAAAGAAACAUAAAAAACAAGCGGAAGAGCAAGAUUAUCCUGCUCAAAGUCAAAAUGCGUCUCACCCAGUGGAAAACAAGGAGCCAGAGCAAAAUGCAGGACCGUCUUGGAUUGUGUCUGGAUCAGCACAGGAAGAGAUCAACCCAGAAGCACCAUUCGGAUAUGUGGAUGCUGAUUUGAAGUCGUACUUCAAAACCGUAGAUGCUCAGAUUCGCAAUUGGCAAGAAGAUGAGUUUCAUACCGAGGACAAGAAUGAAGAUAUUGACCCAAAUGAAGAAAGACGGCUUUUCUUCAUGGCUGCCCUUACGGAGAUGUCGGGAAAGGAAAAACAACUCGCGACAGACUCUGAUUGUUCAGUCAUAUUAGAAAGAAUGGCGUACUCAAUGGACGACUUCGUACGCAGAGUUUUCAUCGACAGCUUGAGUGGCUCCUACGAGAAACUCAUUCAGCACCGUUUUGCUUCACACGUCUGUCAGACGCUCUUCACGGUGUCAGCAGAUACGAUAGCCAGAGAAUCCAGAGGUAUUUAUCCAGAAGCCCCUGCAUCUGCAGAGAAGGGUGAAUUACGCACUUUGACACAGCUGGUCCUUGAUAUAUGCCAAGAACUCAAGCCAAGUUUUUCAUCCCUUAUUAUGGAUCCCUUUGCUUCGCAUGUUUUGCGCGCCCUUCUUCUUGUACUAUCUCCAUCCCUACUCCCAGCCGAUUCGUCAACAACCAAAGCUCAAUCGAAUUUACGAUCUAAAAAGAGUGUUGCUUGGAAAGCGCGGCAAGGUGUCAUGAAAUCUGUCUUCACAGAUGAGAAAGGAAAGAAUAAAGUAAUUACGGCGCAAAAGACACCAAAGGAGUUCUACAAUGCUGCAGGAGACUUUGUACGCGCUGUGCGAGAGGGGUUGGGACCAAACGAGGUGCGAGCACUAGCAGCCAACAAAGUCGCAAGCCCAGUUUUGCAGUUAAUGCUUGAGAUAGAGGCAGAUCAAGGCGAAUCUGCGGUACCAGACUCACUGAUGGAUCACGUUCUGGUCGGUAUGAUCACAGCCUACCGAAACGAUCCUCAGGCGUCACCAGAAGUCUCUGAUUAUCUUUCGACUCUUUUGCGCGACCCUACCUCUUCUCACUUGCUGGAGACCCUGAUAACACGCAGUAUAGAGCCUGUAUUUGCUAUUCUCUGGUCCACAUACUUUCAGGGGAAGUUGUCAAAGCUUGCUGUGCAUCCUGUAGCGAACUUUGUUGUUGCUAAGGCUCUAGAACGGCUAAACGGUAGCCAGUUGAAAACAGCUCUAGAUGAACUUGAAGGCACCUGGGAGAAAGUCAUCAAGUCAUCAAGAGCUGGUGUUUUGCGUGCCGUUAUCGAGAGGGCCAUUACUCUUCGUGCUAUUGAGGAUGAUGUAGUGAAUGCUGUCUGCGCGGCGUUUGGUUUGACUGAUCUUGAACAACGCAAUCUAGUAGUACCUUGUGUAUUGUACUUGAUGCCACUUCAGGAAUAUCUUCCUUGGUCGGCUCAGAAAGAGCCUGCAGAACCCCAAAAUAAAGCCAACAAGAACCCCAACAGUAAAGAACCCAACGUGCAAGGCGCUUUACUCCUACAGUCCCUGCUUCGACUUAGUGAGCCACAAAAUCAGCUUGUAAUAGACAGUAUCAAGUCUCUUCCCAUGGAAGAGUUGAUGAAGAUAGCACACCAUGCUACGAGCUCCAGGAUACUCGAUGCCUUGUUCGAAUCAACAACCGUACCUUUUAAAUCGAAACGGAGCUUUGUUUUAUCUCUGAUUGGCCACUACCACACCUUGGUUGAUGACCGCAUAGGUAGUCGUGUAGGAGACCGAUGUUGGGCAUUUGCAGAUCCUUAUCUAAGGGAAAAGAUCGCGCGUUCCCUUAUUUCGUAUGAUCAGUUCCUGGCUGCUUCAUACUAUGGAAAAUUCUUCGCUCGACACCUCAAUCUAUAUCUGCUACAAAAACGACCGCAGGAAUGGAAGGAUUUACAGUCCCAAAGCAAGGCAGCGGCAGCUAAAGCUCCUCGGGUUUCAGCAGAAAGGCCAUCUAUCCAUUCAGUGAAAGAGCUUUCUAACGUCUCAACCUCGGAAGAUAAACCCAAAAAACGAAAGCGACCAGAACGUCCAGGAGAUGAUAUUGAUGCUGUCUUCUCUGUCUUUGGAAAGAAAAUCAAAAGAGGCGCUUUGAAGGACAGCCCGGACUCUCUUCUAGUUGAAAGACCAACCGAAGCCGAAAAUCCUGUCCCAAAUAAACGCACGCAGUUGAUAGACGAUGAUUUAAAGGCUAUAUUAGGAGCUAUCCAAGCUGUUCCUAAAAGCGAAAAAAGUCACAAGAAAAAAGGACGAGUUCAUUGAAAGCUCUCUUAUUUUAUUUCAAUAGAGUGUGUAUGUGUAUAGUGUGGGUAUGAGGUAUAUAUCAGUGUUAGCUACUAUGCUGGAUAUGUAAUAUGUUGACAAAAUGGGUGACACAAUACGCAUUUUUCCCUCGCUCAUUACGUUGUGUGAAUACAUAAUUGUUAAAAGC